AUGGCGUCGGCGGCGUCGAAGCUGCGGGCGGAGGCCGGGCUCGGGGCGCUCCCGCAGCGGGCGCUCGCCCAGUACCUGCGCCUUCUGCGGCUCUACCCUGUGCUCACCAAGGCAGCCACCAGUGGCAUUUUGUCAGCACUUGGGAACUUCCUGGCCCAGAUGAUGGCGAAGCAGCGGAAAAAAGAAAACUCCCAAAAGCUAGAUGUCAGCGGGCCUCUCAGAUACGCCAUUUAUGGGUUCUUCUUCACAGGGCCACUGAGUCACUUCUUCUACCUCUUCAUGGAGCACUGGAUCCCUUCUGAGGUCCCCUGGGCUGGGGUCAAGAGGCUCCUCCUGGACCGCCUCCUCUUUGCACCGGCCUUCCUGUUGUUGUUUCUCCUCGUCAUGAACUUCCUGGAGGGGAGAGACGCAGCUGCUCUCUCUGUCCAGAUAAGGAGAAGCUUCUGGCCGGCGCUGCGCAUGAACUGGCGAGUCUGGACCCCAGUGCAGUUCAUCAACAUCAACUACGUCCCUCUGCAGUUCCGGGUGCUUGUUGCCAACCUGGUGUCUCUGUUCUGGUACAUCUACCUGGCCUCUCUGGGGAAGUGAAGAUGGCCCGGAGUGAACACACCCAGCU